UACUACACCACAAAGAAAGAUGGCCGAGGUGGUGGAGCUGCAGAAACUGAAGCUUGCUGAGCUGAGGCAGGAGUGUGAGGCCCGAGGUCUGGAAACCAAAGGAAACAAAGGAGAGCUGAUCGCCCGACUCCAGGCCUAUCUGGACGAGCAUGAGGAAGAUGUGGACGUGGAUGAGGUUCUGGCCGAGGACGCCGUGGACUUCACUAAAGUGGAGAGCUCCAACAACGUAAAAGAAGCCAACAAUACUGAAAUGACGGAGGACCAGCCAUCUGCUGAGGAGAAGAAGAUUGUGAAAAUAAGUCCUCCAUCAACUGGGAGUGAAAGACUACAGAAGAGAGCCGAGCGUUUCAACAUGCCAGCAUCGGCUGAGAGCAAAAAGGCCAUACGUGCAGCAAGAUUUGGAUUACCGGCUACUGCUGCCAGUCCCUCCCCAGGUGUUGUUGCGAACAGUAAACCUGCUGCGAACCUGGAUCAGCUGAAGAAGAGAGCAGAACGAUUUGGCAUGAACGUUUCAUCAAUUUCACAAAAGGUUGAAGAGGAUGAAAAGCUGAAAAAGAGGAAGGAGAGAUUUGGGAUCCAAAUGGGAGCAACCUCAGCGGAUGCAGAAGACGUCAUGGCAAAGAAAAUGAAGCGCAGCGAAAGAUUUGGAAAAGUGUAAUUGAUGUUUGUUUUUUGUAAAGUGUUUUCAUGGCUGUACGACAGAGAUUUGAAAGGACAACGCAAGCUAUGAAGUAAAGCUUUUAAAUCAAAAGUACUCUUAAUUGCAAAGGUAAUGUGAGUUUUAUUCAUGCUAAUUUCUCAAAAAUUCCCAUAAAAAUCUGUUAUUGAGCACAAAUCACUUGAUAAUUCAGCCUAUAGUUUCUAUGUUGCUAAAGAGCCAUUUCUUUUUCCCCAUUUCUUAAUUUUAGGGACAGCAUUAGGUUUUGAUUAAAGAUUUUGAGGAAGGCUUUUCAGUUUGAAUAUUUGCUUCAAUUAAAAUGUUUUCAUCCAUUUAUCAAGUAUUUUUUACUUCUGUUGUACAAAUCUUCCAGCUGUCCUAGAGGGGAGUAUUUUUUUAAAUAUUAAAGCAGCACAAGAGGUUUCCCCAGGUUAAAAUAUAAGUUAAUUUCAACUGAAACAAUGUGAGUCGUAUAAGAAACCUCUCACAAACAAACAAGAACAGAGAAUCUGCUGAUACAUGUUGCAAAAGUGCUUUUGUGCUGCUUUAAUAAUUGAAUAUUGAAAUAAAUGGCACAUAAAACCACCUGUACAUUUGAUUUCAAGUUAACGUUGAUCUAUCAGGUUAUAAGCAGGUUGACACCAAGAACUUACAGAAAGCCUUAAUUGAGCCGAUAUGCAGAUCUCCGCCCGUUUUUUUUUUUUUGUUCAGUUGAAGGUUGGUUUCAGUCUAAAUUGGUUUAAAAACAAAAAAAAAAAACAAUGUUUACUAUAUAUGUUACCUAGAUUUCCAUAGUUGUGACAAGGUGUUUUAUGCUUGUGCAGAUAUAUAGAGGAAAAAACACUGCAAAGUAAAUAGUAGACCUAAAAUGUUAAUGUUUGUUUGGUGGAUAAAGGAUUAUACAAUCUCUGUUAUGUCAGUCUAACGACUGGAAAUAUUAGACGACUCAAAUUCAUAGACUUUGUAUUCCUAUUUCUAACCGCCAAGACAUUUAAACAUCUCAAAGCCACUCUAAGUGAAUUAGCUCUAACUGUUUCAUAUUCCUCAUUUGUAUCUAAUUGUGCUUUUGAUUUAUCAGACUGCCCAUUUAUUUCUUGUUUUCUUUUCAGGAGUUCCAUUAUUACACUGCUUCCGUAAUCUGUCCAUUUUAUAACAUUUUGAGACUUUAAAUAAAAUUUUCAAUUUUUUGA